AUGUUUGGUGCAAAUAAGGGCUUUGGAGGAGCAAACAAUAACUCUUCCUUUAGCUUUGGCAGCUCUAAUAACAAUAACUCAAGCAACAAUACAGGUGGGGGGUUUUCCUUUGGAAAUAAUAGUUCGAACAGCAACAACACAAAUGGAUCCGGGUUUAAGCUUGGUGGAAAUUCAACUGGAGGUGGAUUCAACUUUGGGGCGAACAAACCGGCAAGUACGACAACCAACACAGGUACUGGAGGCUUUAAUUUUGGUGCUAAUGCAAAUAAAACUGCUACUGGAACGGGAAAUUCAGGUUUUUCGUUUGGAUCAAACAAUACUAAUAACACAAGUAAGCCGGCUACAGGUGGGGGAUUUUCGUUUGGAUCGAGCAACACUAAUAACCUAAAUAAGCCUGCAGCAAGUGGCGGAUUUUCAUUUGGAAACAAACCCACAGGAACAUCCCUGUUUGGAAAUAACAAUAACAGUAACAUGAACAACAACACAAGCAUAGGCAGUAAUGGCUUGAAGCCAAGUACGGGUACAGGAUUUAGCUUUGGAAACAACAAUAACACGAUGAAUAAACUGAAUACGGGCGGUGGAUUUUCGUUUGGAAAUAACGCCAACGGUAAUCAGAACACAAGCACAAGCACAGGUGGAUUGUUCGGCCAAAAUAAGCCCGCUUUUUCACUUAAUUCAACAUUUACGAACGGCCGGCAACAGCAGCCAUUUCAAUCACAGCCAUUUCAAAGUUCAGGAGGGCAGCAGGGUCAACAAAGAAAUGGAUAUACGCCCACAAUAGCCGAACAAUUGGAAAAGAUCAAAAAUUCCUGGGAUGCAAGCUCACAGCAAUGUUUGAUGAAGACACAUUUCUACAACAAAGUUCCCGCCGAAUUCAAUGGAUAUCAACGUCCACUCGAUGAGUCUCCAGAGGAAUGGGAAAAUGCCAUGAAGGAGAGACCAAAAGGAUACAACUCCAUUCCUGUUAAGGUGAAAGGAUUCCAGGAUCUUUUGAAAAGGUCCAACCUUCAGAUAGAAUACGUUAAGCAGUCUAGAGUGAUACUGAAUGGAAUCAACGACAACCUCGUGAAGCUUAGUGACAAGCAUGAUUUAGACUCCGCUGGAAUUCUUUUGAAAUGCAAGAAUAGGCAGAAGCAGCUUGAUCUCAAGCUUCUAAGAAUUGCAAUUAAUCUCUCCAUACUAAAAUACAAGGGCUAUCCUCUCACAAACGACGAAGAAAAGCUUGUUUUGAAACUCAGAAAGCUGUUGGAUAAGAUCGAUGACCCCGUAGGAUUGAAUAGAGCAAAUGAACUAUGGGCUCGAUUGAGUAACUUGAAAAGGCGCUUGCACAACAUUGAUCAGAAUACCGAGCAGAGCAUCGAACCUCGCCUCAUGAGCAAUUUACAAACUCAGAAUAGUCAAGCAUUCACUGAUAUUGCCACGAGAAAGAAUGUUAGUGCUAUAUCAAAAUUGGCGAAGGUUCUUUCCAAAGAGCAACAGGGAUUGCAGUAUCUUUACGAAUUGAUAGAGGGGGACAAAGAGGCUUUGGCUAAGCAUGCGAAGAGCCUGGAAUAA